UGAUUAUGUAACUAGGAAAUCGAUGCACCCGGCCACUCCGCCAUCAUGGCAGCCGCUCACCCCGAAUAUGUUGCGUGCUUUGAGGCCAGUCUAUGGGCAUUCUUUUCCGGCGAGCCCCCUACCGGCCAGCUCCGUUUUGCACUCCCAGAGGUUGCGAACUCCACUGCUUCCUUGUUCACCAACAUCGCAAAGACCCUCCCUUCGCACUAUUUCAGAGAAUCAGCACCGGCGGCGACGAAAUUAACAAGAACUGUUACGCCGAUGACUACACCACGCAGCAGCAGCUUAAGAGGACUGGCAUGACGCUGACAGUGCCUUGACACGUUCAUACAGACCACUCAUGGUGCACUGAUUGCCCAGGGAAAGACGCCUGUCGUAUGGGAAGGUGUGCGCUGCCCUGACUGGAAUAUUACACUCUCAAACGAGACUAUUGUGAUGGUUUAAAUUUCUUCUGCAGAUGCUGCAGCAGUGGUAGAAAAGGGUUUCAGGAUCAUCCAAACACCAUCAAAUUACUUCUACUUGGUCAGUUGACGAGUUUUUCUACAGAACACGAUGUCUUAUUAUCCCAGUCUUCUGGAGCUGGUGAGUGGC